UUUUCAUUUGAGAUACCACGACAUGCUAUCAAAUAUCAAUGUGAAAAUGUACGAUGGAUGAUACAUCCUUGUGUGCGGUUCUAUGAAUAAUUUGUACAUUUCUGAAUUAAUUAUCUUUAUAUUAAUUGCUACUAUCGAAUAUUCGAGUGCACCUAGCCGCCUCUAGGUAACUCGACAACUGAUAUCACAAUUCGGUGUGUCGAUUAAGCGAUUUACGAACUCCUGUUUAACAAGUACCACUUCUACAGUCAUUUCUCGACAUUUGAUUUCAUUAUUAAUAUUGUUCGAUAGUAAGUUUUUGUCAUUGGGAAUUAUCAGCUGCCUACCGCCUACGGUAUGCGUUUUAUUACGGUUCUAAUGCACAGAGUUCAUGAAUAUCGGAAGAAGAUGGCGAGUGCUCAAUUAUUAUGAAGGACUACGGUAAAUUAUUAGUAUACUUUACAUAGGAAUACACCAUCAUCAUAUAAUCAUUUUAUAACAAUGGAGGGUUCUUAUCAGCAUUCAUUUAAUUACCAGCCAAAUCAAUCAAUGACUUAUACUCAAAGUCUCUAUAAUAAUAAUGGAUAUGAUAUGCAACAAGUAAAGAACAUUAAUACAACCAAUUACUAUAAUACCUCACAUGUAACUACUUCAUUUGCUUAUAACAAUAUUAAUGAACAUUAUAAUAUGGGAUACAAUGUGAUGCCUACAAAUUUGCCGAUGCCUACAAAUGUCCCAAUGCCUACAAUUGUGCCAAUGCCUACAAUUGUACAGAUGCCUACAAAUGUUCCGAUGUCCACAAAUGUGUCGUAUAUCAAUGAAUCUUUGGUUCCAUCAACAAGCUCCUUAACUACAAGUUAUAGCAAUGUUAAUUAUGUCCCUGCAACAUUGUAUUCAUAUAAUAAUAUGCCUCAACCUCAACAACCACAGAUAUCUGGAUAUUUUGUUAAUGAAUCAUUACCUGGCGUGACAAAAAAAACAUUUACUAAUGAAUAUAUACAAUCUUCAUCAAAUAGUUUACCAUAUACACCUAAUAUGCCUUUACAUGUCAACCAAUCAGAUUCCUAUAAACCACCAGUAAAUAAUGAACAAUAUCCAUCUAAUCAAACAUGUAAUGAUGAAAAAGAAUCAAAAAAAAAGGAUGAAUGGUUUGAUUUAACAUCUAAAUUUUUGAAUAAUGGUGCAAAAAGUACUAGUAGAAAACAUUCAUCAACAUCAAGCCAUACCCAAAGUGUAUCAAAACAUUCUCACCGUUCUUCAUCUCCGAAAUCUCGUAAUAUUUGUAAGGAUAGACAUUUUAAAAAUAUGAAAACAAAUGAAGAAAUGUCUAGUGAAAUGUCUGAAAUAAAAAAAUUAUCAAAUAUGUCUAUUCAACAAAUAAUUGACUAUGAAAAAAAAAAGUGGAGCAGAUCAGCACCAACAGAUGUGUAUUAUAAGAAACCUGAUGGCGAUUCAGAAGUUACAUUUGGAAAUAAGAUUGCACUAGAUAUAUGUGAUGAAUUUGAAAACACUUUAGGAAAACGUGUUAUUAAUAUGAAUGAAAAGAAACCAGUAGUUUGUAAACCUCGUAAAGUUAAUGUUAAUGUUCGUAAACAUGUAUGUUCAGGUAAUUGUUCUAGCUCAUCUGAUGAGGAUGAAGAUAACGAAAAAGAAAAUUCUACGCUUAUUGAGCUGAAUAGAAAAUGUUCUCAUCCAGAUAGACUGCACUCGGAAUUAUGGUAUAAUGAGGUUGGAGAAAUGAAUGAUGGUCCUAUGUGUAAAUGUAGUGUUAAAUCGCAGAGAUCUGGUAUACGACAUAAUAUUUAUGUUGGAGAAGGUCCCUUUGAACCUUGUUUACCAAAUUCAAAUAAUAGCGACAAAUUAUUUCAUUAUCGAAUUACUAUUACUCCUCCAACAAAUUUUUUACUUAAGUGUCCUACAAUUAUUGAACAUAACGAAAGUAAAUAUAUUUUUGAAGGAUUCUCAUUACUAUCACACUAUCCAAUUCCAAUUUUACCUACUUGUAAAGUUAUUCGUUUCAACACUAAUUAUGCAAUAUUAUACGUUGAAGAAAAGGUUCCAGAUAACUUUAUAGUGAAGGAGUUGCAAUUAUUUUAUGAUUAUUUGUUUAAAGACAUUUUGGAAUUGGUUGAUUUAGACUUGCACGGUGUAGGCAAUAAAAAUGGAUGUCCUCAAUUUCAUUUCAUGCCUCGAUUUGUAAAAGAUUUGUCUGGUAAUGGCAAAGAAGUGCUUGCUAUGAAUGAAGUUCUUAAGUAUCUUUUAAAGAGCAACAAAUUACUUUUUGAACCAAGCUCUUUGCCUGCUUUAAAAAAUAUGCCUAUGAAUGAAUGGCAAAAUAUAGUAGAUGAAUAUAAAGGUAUGAUAGUUACAAACCCUGGAACUAAACCAUAUUCAAUACGUGUUGAUCAGCUAGAUAGAGAUACUGUAAAUGAAACUUCUGAUAAAAAUGUAAACAAUGGCUAUCCAGUUUUAGUACAUUUCGGUAUUAGACCACCUCAACUUAGUUAUGCUGGUAAUCCAGAAUAUCAAAAGGGCUGGCGUGAUUAUGUGAAAUUCAGACAUCUUCUAGCAAAUAUGCCUAAACCAUCAUUUGAAGAUAAAAGAAAACUGGAAAUCAAAGAAAGAGCUUUACAAGAAAUGAGAUCCCAUAAUAAAAUGAAACGUGGAGUGACUGCAGCAGUUUCUAGUAAAGGAUUUUAUAAAACUGGACUCAUGUGUGAUAUUGUUCAGCACGCCAUGCUUUUACCUGUACUUGUGUGCCAUUUUAGAUUCCAUAAAUCUUUAGAAUACCUAGAAGAUACUAUAGAAUAUAAAUUUAAGAACAAAUAUUUACUUCAGCUUGCAUUAACUCAUCCUUCCUAUAGAGAAAAUUUCGGUACUAAUCCUGAUCAUGCAAGAAAUACUCUCACCAACUGUGGUAUAAGACAACCUGAGUAUGGUGAUAGGCGUAUUCAUUACAUGAACACAAGAAAAAGAGGUAUAAAUACAUUAAUUAAUAUAAUGUCACGUUUUGGUAAGAAAUCAGAAAUGGAAUCAAAUAUUAUGCAUAAUGAGCGUCUAGAAUUUUUGGGGGAUGCUGUCGUUGAAUUUGUGUCUUCUAUUCAUUUGUUUAAUAUGUUUCCAGACAUUGAAGAAGGAGGAUUAGCCACAUUUCGAGCAGCUAUUGUUCAAAAUCAACAUCUUGCUGUUUUAGCAAAGACUUUAAAGCUAGAUGAUUAUAUGCUAUAUGCUCAUGGUUCAGACUUGUGUCAUGAUUCUGAGCUGAAACAUGCAAUGGCUAAUUGUUUUGAAGCUUUGAUGGGUGCACUAUUUUUAGAUGGAGGUAUUGAUGUAGCUGACCGUGUGUUUGGUAAAACAUUUUAUAGGAAUUCACCAGAAUAUCUCGAUAUUUGGGUAAACUACCCCAGACAUCCUUUGCAGCAACAAGAACCUGAAGGUGAUCGUAAAUGGAUUAAAAAAUUACCAUUACUUCAAAAACUAACAAGCUUUGAAGACUCUAUAGGUAUAAAAUUUACCCAUAUAAGAUUAUUAGCCAGAGCGUUCACUGACAGAAGUGUUGGUUUCACAAAUUUAACACUUGGUUCAAAUCAACGACUUGAGUUUUUGGGGGAUACUGUUCUACAAUUAAUAGCUUCAGACUAUUUGUACAAAUAUUUUCCAGAACAUCACGAAGGUCACCUAUCACUCCUUCGUAGUUCUUUGGUAAACAAUCGCACUCAAUCUGUAGUAUGUGAUGAUUUAGGUAUGGUCAGUUAUGCACUUUAUGCAAAUCCAAAAGCCGAAUUAAAAACAAAAGAUAGAGCUGAUUUGUUAGAAGCAUUUCUAGGAGCUUUAUAUAUUGACAAAGGACUUACAUUCUGUCAAGCAUUUUGUAAUGUAUGUUUCUUCCCUCGUCUACAUGAUUUCAUUCUGAAACAAGACUGGAAUGACCCAAAGUCUAAACUACAGCAAUGUUGUUUAACAUUACGAUCAGUUGACGGUGGUGAACCAGAUAUACCAGUAUAUAAAGUUAUAGAAUGUAUGGGACCAACUAAUGGUCGAAAAUAUACAGUAGCUGUCUACUUUAAAAGUGUGAGGUUGUCACAGGCGACUGGUCAUAGUAUACAACGAGCUGAAAUGAAUGCUGCUAAUAGUGCGUUAGAAGUAUCUAAAGAUCUUUUUCCACAAUUGGAUCAUCAAAGACGUGCUAUAUCAAGAAGUUUGCGUCAUCAGUGUUCCGAUGGUCAAGCCAACAUUGAUGACAUAAUUAAAUUAUUAGAAUCCAAUUCAACUAAAAAUGAAUCAAACCUGAGUGAUUUAGAUUUAGCAAAAAGAAAACUCCAUAGAAAACUAUUAGCUGUAUUGUGUGCUAAUAAAAAUUCUAUAGAAAAUUAUUCAGAACCAGACAAAAAAAGGAGAAAGAAAUAAAGACAAUUAGAUGUUAUUUUUAUCAAAUAUUCUG